AUGGCGGAAAAUGGCACCAUGUCACCACAGGCUCAGGCCAGCGGCGGGAGCUGGACGGCCUUUCUGAAGUCCAUCGCAUCCUUCAAUGGCGACCUCUCGAGUCUCACCGCGCCGCCCUUCAUCCUCUCGUCCACCAGCUUGACCGAGUUUAGCUCCUACUGGUGCGAACAUCCCUCCAUCUUCGCUGCGCCUGCCAAGGAGACAGACCCCAAGAAGCGCGCCAUGCUGGUGCUGCGAUGGUUCCUCACCACCCUAAAACAACAAUACGCCAGCCGUAGCGAGCAAUACGGCAACGAGAAGAAGCCCCUAAACCCGUUCCUCGGCGAGCUGUUCCUGGGCAAGUGGGAGGACGACGCCGGCACAACAGAGCUCAUCAGCGAGCAGGUUAGCCACCACCCGCCCGCGACCGCCUACAGCAUCACCAAUGUGCCGACCGGCGUGCACCUCGAGGGCUACAACGCGCAGAAGGCGACCUUCACAAAGACGAUAAACGUCAAGCAGAUCGGGCACGCGGUGCUGACGGUGCCGGCGCCGGGCGGCGAGAGCAAGGACACAUACCUCAUCACGCUGCCCUCGCUGCACAUCGAGGGCCUGCUGUUCGGCUCGCCGUUCAUCGAGCUCGACGGCGCGAGCUACAUCACCUCGUCGACGGGCUUCACCGCCAAGAUCGACUACAGCGGCAAGGGCUGGCUGUCGGGCAAGAAGAACAGCUUCACCGCCGUGCUGCACCCCACCGGCAAGGAGCGCGACGUGCUGUACUCGGUCAACGGCCAGUGGACCAAGUCGUUCAGCAUCCACGCCGCGCCCGCCAAGCAGGCCUCGGCCGCCAACCUGGUCGAGACCUACGACCCGGACAAGCACCCCUCCACGCCGCUGACCGUCGCGCCCCUCGAGGCCCAGCACCCCCUCGAGAGCCGCCGCGCCUGGGCCAAGGUCGCCGCCGCCGUCGCCAAGAGCGACAUGGACGCCGUGUCCGUCGAGAAGGGCAAGAUCGAGACCGCCCAGCGCGAGCUGCGCGCCAAGGAGAAGGCCGAGGGCCGCCUGUGGCAGCGCCGCUACUUCAGCGUCGUCACGGAGCCGGACCCGAUCCUCAAGAAGCUCGGCCCCGUCGUCGGCGUCCCCGAGCACGGAGACGCCGACAAGACCGGCGGCCUGUGGAGGUUCGACCCCGCCAAGGCGGAGAAGGUGCGCAGCCAGGCGAGCUUAAGCGUGGAGGAUGCUGCCAAAUACGCGAAGGAGACUCUCGGACAGUGA